CAUUUCCAACAACAUAUAUGUUCCCCGGCUUCAUCCAAGGAGACUUGUCGACAUAUGUUCUCCGAGAGCCGUCGGCAGAGGAGUACCCCAUCCACCAAGUCAUGCUGGCGGGCGUCGAGCUGCUUCUCGGGGGCGCCUAUUUCAUGCUGGUCUCUCUCAUGGGCCUUACCAAUCCAUUUGGUGCGUGGUUCUUCUGCAAUGUCGAGAUGGCGUGUCAGACGUACGCAAGGCAGCGCAUCAAAGGAGUCCCCACAGGGCAGUCGAGAACUCCCCCGCCGGCCCCGCCGAUCCCCUUGUACUUCCCGACGUAUUUUCUGCUGGUGAUUGCCUUCUCUCUUUCUUGGAUGGUGCGGACGGCCAUCCAUCAAGUCAUCCUACUCAGCUGGAAGUAUCUGCUGGUGACGGACUUGUUGAAGGACGUCGAUAUGGGAAACACAGAGAAAGCAAUGGGACUGGCCAAGUUUCGUAAGCUUCACUGGCAAGAUGCUGUGUCUCCAUUGGGUUAAUGUCCUUUGGCCUGACAUCCGCAGUAUUCGGGGGCCUGUACCCACACGCGGAGGCGGUCUUCCCUCUCGACAGCACAGCAGCGGCGGCCCUACUGUCCGCCCCGGGCCUGAUCGAGAAAUUGACCCUCUUUGUGGAGGUAUGUCCAGACAUGUCCGGCUCAUAUGCCUUCAUCCAUACGUCUCGUGUGCAUUCAUCAGUUCAUGACCGUCAUGCUAUUCAUCAGCAUCCUUGCCGGCAUCGUCGCCUCCAGCCUCCUGCUGCAGCGCAUCCUGCAGGGAUACAGAAGAACGACGCUGCGGCUCAUUCGGAGCUCGCCAUCAGGACUGGGGAAAUGCAGAAGAUUCAUCAUCAAAGGGAGAGAGAGAAGAUGAAAGAACACGGCGGGGCGGUGGAGACGACAACACGACAGGAGGUGAAGGUGGUCCACAACCUUUUGGUUGCGACCAAGCUCCUCGGCAUCACUUUCGCCCUCGUGACGAUAUCAUUCUACCUCUGCGAGUUCGUCCUGGCCCUCCUGUCUCUGGCCGCAAUCACCGUCUACUUCGCCCGCGAGAUCGUGUGGGCUGCAGUUGUCGCGUAUCGCAACUUCAUCUUUGCUCUCGCAACGCUCUAUUUCAUCCAACUGGUCCUCAUCGUGUCCCUGUUCAAGAGGGUGGUUGGCCCCAGUGGCCAUGUGUCCCGGCCGGCAUGGUUCCACGCCUUCUUCGACCUGAUGGUCUUGGUCAAUCUCCCUUAUGGUUUGGUGCUUGGGGUGACCCGGGUGCUGAUCGUGGCUGCGUCGGGGGUUAUCCAUUGCUUCACAAUCGACCGAACACCCAUCACGAUUGCCGCCCUCGAUGGUGAGUGAGCACACUGACGCAGCAAUUAUUCUCUGUCGUGCGUAGCUGGAGGGAUGGUGCGUGUGUGUGUGUGUGCGGGCAGCUGCACACGGGGCCUUCCUGAGUGCCUGCUGGCUGUGCCACCACGAGUUCAACACCUUGUACCGUGCCGCCCUCACAUGCAUCAACAAAACAGUCCACAACGUCACCAUGACCGUCCCCCCGCCGUCCCCAUCCACCCUCAGGCGUGUCCGCAACCGGCUGUGGCUGGCCGUCACCCUGCACAACAACCCAUCCCUCAUCGACAUGCGGCACCGUCCUGCAGACGAGACACAAGCGCCUGAUGGGGCAGCCAGAGCUGCUGUGAUGGCCAAGUGUCUGUGGUGCCUGCGCAAGGGGCAGCCGGCAACUGAGGAAGGUGGUGAGGAGGGGCUGGCAGAUCACGAGAGAAGGACGACGGCGUAUGUGUUCUCGGGGGGGACAGAUGGGGAUGACGGCAGGAAACAAAAGGGAUGUGACAAGGAGAGGAUACCGGAGGAGAGGGAGGUGAAUGCUAUGCCAGCUGCAGAGGUGUCAGGGGAGGUGUUUAUUGAUGCAGACAUGUCGCUGCGAAAUGACGAAUUGGACGAAGGAAUGGUUAAUAGGCCAACGUCGACAGUAACAUCUCUUUGAUAGGGGGAAAAGACGCGCAUUGAUUGCAUUUGUGUUAUGUGACAAAUCGACCGACUGACUGAC